ACAAUAAACCGCAAGCUAAGCGUUGGAAAAAAGCUGUUGUCAAACCAAUUUCUCGUCAUUUCAUUUCUAGASAACACAAGUUCUGUACCUUUGUCGUUUUGUCCAUUUUUAAUUUUGUUCCACGCUUAAUUCGCAAACAUGUUUCUGUCCACGGUCAAGAUAAAUGGUGAAGUUAGGAAUGUGAGAUGUUACACAACAGAUCCGGUAAACCACCAGCACUUCAUCGACGUAGAGAGUGUUAUAAUGGAUCCUCCAAAGGAACCAGUACGCAGAGAAAUAAACGACUCAUUUUUUAAACCAGUGCGGCAAUUUCCAGACAACAUCGUUGGUGCCACAUUAGAAGUUACUACCGGUCAAUAUACUUAUAUAUGGAAACCUGACAUUGCAUGUGUAUGCGACUCUGAGUCCAUAAACACCUCAUCUAGUGACGAAUCAAUAUUCGAUGAUGGAAAUCCAGCUAGACAACGUUCGUUUAAUAAACAAAUCUUGUCGAUUGUGCAGAAAAUCGACGAGAGAGUAAGUGAAUUCCGUGCUGAAUUGGGCAAUCAGCUAAGGGCUCUUCUUGACGAMAAUGAGAGGGGAAGGGCUUGGCAAGAUCGUUUAAAUACGGUAUUAACAUUGCUUACCGAAGAAAUGGACCUGCAUUGACUUACGUAUUCAGACAACAAAAUAGCUUCACAAUUAUUCGUAUUUUCUUUAGUAUUUUCARAAUUUUAYUAUUUUUCUAUUUUUGUGUUUAUUAUUUUGUUUUAC